AUGAGAAAAAUUUUUAAUUUUCACAUUUUUGUGAAUAAAAAAAAAACAGUUUUUUGUAGCAACUUAAAGAGUAGAUUUUAUAGCAACACGAUAAUAAAAAAUGAAGAGAAAUUGCUUAAUAGAAAUAUAAGUGAAACAAAAGAAAAUGACCAUUAUGAAAAUUAUUUAAACGAUUUGCAUAAAAAUAAGUUAUUAAGUAAUGCAAAAAAUAAAGAUAAUGAAAAUGAACAAAGGAAAAAAAAAGAUAAAAAGAGUUUAAAAGAAGAAUUACAUAAAACGAGUUUUUUAGAAUAUAGUUUUAAAACAGAUAUAUAUUUAAAAUUGAAUGAAUUAAAAAUUAUUAAUCCUACACAAAUUCAAAAGUGUGUGAUACCAUUAUUAUUAAAUUUCAAAAAUAAAUGUAGCUCCGAAGAAAAUAAAAUAAUAACAUAUAAAAAUAAAAAUAUAUACAAUGAUAUACUAAAGAAUAAAAUAAAUAUAAAUGAGUAUUUAAAAAAUGAUUUAAAUAUUAAAAAGAAUUUUUAUGAUGUUAAUAAAUAUAAAUUUCUUGAUAACAGUGCAUCAGAAUAUGAAGAUACAAAAAAAGAGGAGGAUUAUAUUGAUGAAAAAAAAUGUUUUAAUGAUGUAUAUCUUAUUAUUAGUCCUGAUAAUAGUGGAAAAACAUUAAGCUAUUUUCUUCCAAUUCUUCAUAAUUUUUAUUUGAAUAAUGAAAAAAUAAUGAAAAAUUUAUCGAACUUUUAUAAUUUUUUAAACAAAAAUAAUUAUAAGAAAUUUAAAAAUAAGAUUUUUCGUAAAAAAGAAAGAUUAAGAUUUCUUAAAAAUAAAGAAAAUAUGUUUUUUGGUAUAACAUAUGAAAAAUAUAAAAUAAAUAAUAGAUAUAUAAAUAUAAGAAAAUAUAAUAAUUACAAUAUUAAUAAUUAUUUUAAAAAUAAAAAAAAUAAUAUACUGAACUGUUUGAAACAUAAAAAAAAUAUUUUUUUCCCUUAUGCUAUAAUUUUAACUAACACAAGAGAAUCAGCUUUUGAACUUUUUUCUUUUUUGAAAAAAUUUGAUAUUAAUAUUGAAUUAUUAAGUGGAGGUUAUUUAAAUAAAAAAAAGUCAAUUAAAAAACAUCAUAUGGGUCUAGUUUUAGGUAAUAAUAAUAAUUUGAAUUCAGAAGAGAUAGAUGAUAGGAGUGCAAGAAAUAGCGAAUUUUUAAAUAAUUAUGAUCUCUUAAAAAAAAUAAAAAGAAAUAAAAAUAAUAGUAAAAAUAUUAUAAAUUAUAAUAUUGAUAUUUUAAUAGGAACUCCUGAUAAAAUUUUUGAAAAAGUAGAAAAUUAUAAAAACAAACAUUUAUAUAAUUUUAAAUUUUUAAAAUAUGUUGUUAUAGAAGAAGCUGAAACCUUAUGUAAUGUGUUUAAUGAAAAAAAAUUGCAACUAAUAUUUAAUCAUAUAAAAAAUUAUACAAAUAUGUAUUAUUUUCAAGGAGAUGUGUCUAAUACUGAUAUUAUGUUUGAAAAAUUCAAUUUUGAUAAUCAAGAAAAAAUUAAAAAAAUGAAACAAAAUGAAAUAGAAAAUGAUGAAAUAAAAAAUGAUGAAAUAAAAAAUGAUGAAAUAAAAAAUUUGGAAAAUAAUAAUUUAAAUAAAAAAAAAAAUAUAAAUGAAAAUAUUUUGAGACAAAAUGAGAGCGACAUAUAUUUAGAAGAAAUGGAUAAUAAUAGUAAUCAAAAUGAAAUCGUAGAUAAUUGUAAUGAAAUGAACAAAGAAUAUAAUAAAAGUAUGAAGAGUGAAGAAAUAUCGAAUAAUAGUGGUAAUAUAGUAAGUAAUUUUAAAAAUUCUAAUGAAAAUCAAAAUGCAAAUAAUUCAGAAAAAAAAAAUAAAGAAUAUAUAAAUAACUUAGAAAAUUUUUAUUUUAAAAAUAAUGCUAAUAAUAAUGAAAAUGGAAAUAUAAAACAAAUUAACACUAAGGAAAAUGUAAAAAAUACAUUGAAUUCAAAUAUACCCAUAACAAUAUUUGUAUCACCUACAAAAACUGUUGCAAUUAGUGAAUUUUUAAAUAAUAAUAUAAAAAGUAAAUACAUUCAGCAUAUUAUAAAUAUUAAUAGUCAUAAUAUUAACAAUUAUAUUAAACAUAUUUUUAUUAAUAGUAAAAAUAAAGAAAAAAUUUCUUUACUACUUGAAAUGCUUGAUAGUAAAGAAGUAAAUAAGUAUAAAGUUUCUAAUCAUUCUCACUUUUUAAACAAAUACGUAAUAUUUUGUAAUACUAAAAGGAGUGUCUUAAAUUUAAAAAAUAUUUUAACAGAAUUAAAAUAUAAUGUUAGCUAUAUUUAUAAUGAGAUGAAUUAUAAAGAGAGAACCAGGAAUUAUAGAGAAUUUAAAAAAAACAAAACAAAUAUUUUAAUAUGUACAAAUAUACUAAGCAGGGGAGUGCAAUUUGAAAAUGUCAAAAUAAUUAACUAUGAUAUUAGUAAUAAUAUAAAUGAUUACAUUUAUAAAUCAAGCAAAGUCACUUUUAAUUCAAAUAGUACAGAUAACUCUUUGACAACUUUUUUUAAUAAAAAAAAUGCAAGUUUAGUUAAUGAUAUAUUAGAAAGAACAGUUGAUAAAAAACAAAUAAUGUUUCAAAAUUUAAAUAAAAAAGUUAGUAAAAUGCUAAAAUUACAAAGUAAUUAUUAUGAUAUUAUAAAGAAAAAAAAAAAAUUCAAGAAAAAAGGAGGAAGGAAAGCAAUGAAAAUAUCUCCAAGAAGAAAUUGUUUAAGUAAGAAAAAUAAAAUAUUUUCAAAGAAGUUGUAUUUUUAUCACAAAAUGGAUAUUGAACGAAAAAGAUUAAUAAAAAAAGGAAUAUUGAAACCUCAUGAAAAAAUACCAAGAUAUCCAAAUAGAAAAGCAGAAGUAUAUGAUAGUAAUGAAUAUAAUUCUGUAAAUAAAUUAGACGAUGGAUCUCUGCAAAUUCUAGCAAAAAAGAGAAAAACUAAAAAGAAUAAAAUUGAGGAAGAAACAAAAUAUGAAGAAGACACUAUCGUUUUAGAUAAUAUGCCUACAUAUGAAGAAGAAUCAAAAAUAAAAGAAAAGAAACAUCAAAAAAAAACUUACUUUUAA